AUGAAGCUCCUUUUUCCUAUCUUUGCCAACCUCAUGCUACAGUACCAAGUGAACACAGAAUACUUUGGCUUGGGAAGAUGUGUAAUGGGUUUUGGGAGAUGCAAAGACCACUGUGCCAUGGAUGAAAAAGAGGUAGAUAAAUGCAAAAAGAAAAAAUGUUGUAUUGGACCAAAAGUGGUUCAAUUGAUAAAAAGCUUCAUACAAAAUGAAAUGCUCCACACACUUGAAGAGGACUCUCAGGAAGUGCCAAAAAUUACCAAGAAUUUUAGUGUUGUGAUGCAAACAAAAAACCAUAUUUUAGCUCUUCUGCCCAAAUUCAAAAGUGUCAACACUUUUGCUAACAUCAACACCGGCGUCAUCCCAAAUGUCACCACCGUGAAGUCUGUCACCACCAACCCCAUGAUUGCAGGAAAGAUAAUACACGUUACUUCUACCAAGAGUGACACCAAAAAAAGAAGAGAUUCAGCCACUGACUCCCCACCCAGCGCCACCACCAUAGACACUGCCGACAACAUGACUGGAGCUGGAAGAAGCAGAUGA